ACGCUUUGGUCUAUGAAGUUUGAGUGUCAACAAAAAUUGUAUUAUUUGUAAAUAAUAAAUUUUUAAUUUUAAAAAAGUUUUGAAAAGAAUUUAAUUUAAAAAUAUAAAAAUGCCGCUUCCUGCAGCUCUGGCUGCGAGAUUAGCAAAGCGGGGAUUGAUUUCCAAUGGUUCUGAGAAGGAAGCGGAAACUGUUCAAAAGGAGCCGAAAAAAAAAGUCCAUGAGGAAGUGAUUGCUGAGGACUAUGAUAAUAUGAAAGAUGAGAUUGAGGAGAUUGAUUUGUCACAAAAGUUUAUGGGAUAUAGCGGGUGUCCAAAUAAAUACAACAUUUAUCACGAAUGUACGAAAAAAUGUAAAGAACUAUGGGGAGCUGGACAAUUACAACCUUCGGAGAAAUAUUUAAAACUUCAAAUGAAGUUGUUACAAAAGUAUCCAUUACCUGAAACAUGGAAAGCAGUUUAUGACCCUGGCUUAGGGCAACAUUACUACUGGGAUUGGUCAUCAGAUUUAGUAUCUUGGUUUCCUCCAGGUCAUCCUAAAUGUCAAAUAUCACAGCCUGCGUCUCAGUUACGCGAAGAAUUGCAUCUGAAAGCUGCUGAUCAGGAUGACAAUAUGUCUAGUGAAGACAGUGGCAGUGAUCAAGAAACUAUGGAUAUUGAUGAGUCAGAGUCGAAGAAAGAACAAAAAGUAUCAAACAGAGAUCGAUAUCGAUCGUAUGAUAAUAGACGAGGGUCAAGAGAUAAAAAGGACCGGCCAUUAGAUCCGAUGGAUCCAGCUGCUUACAGUGAUAUUCCACGAGGAAAAUGGUCUGAUGGACUUGCGCGUCAUAAUGAAGCAAAGACUGGAGCUGACACAACUGCUUCGGGACCUUUGUAUCAAAUGAGACCUUAUCCUAGUCCCGGAGCAGUAUUGAGAUCUAACAAGGCACCUAAAUCUGAUACUGAGGCGCCCAGUAAACCCAAAGUUGCUUUUCCUGAAACUCCAGAAUAAUUUUGUUAUUAAAAAAAUUAAUUACUUUAAUAAAUAUUCACUUAAUAAAUUAAUUAUAAUA